UUGAACAACUUUCUUGACUUCCUGCAAAGAGGACCCUUUGCAGCCCUUUUGGAGAAGUUAGUAAAACCGAAUCUGACAUCACUGCCUCGCAGCAAGUGGUUUGUUCUCAGGGCAGCAGGAGGAAAUCGCCCCUGUCUGAUAAGACACCAGUUCAAGAAAGGACGCAUGCUGUCUCUCGGGAGUUUGGCUGAUUUCCAGAUAUGACCAUGUAUCUGUGGCUUAAACUUCUGGCGUUCGGCUUUGCCUUCCUGGACAUCGCAGUGUUUGUUGCAGGAAACUCUACCCCACCUUCCACUCAAGAGCCCUCCACUUGGACUCCAGGUGGCCCCUCACCUGCUCGCACCACUGCAUCCUCACCCGCAAACAUCUCUAAAGGAGGAAAAGACUCCUCAGAGAUCUCGCCUCCUGCGAGUCCAGACAGUCUCACCACGAAAGCACCCCCGACCUCUUGGGGAAACCAUAGCACUGCUGUGACAGGUGCCCCAGGAGAAGGGACCACGACCACCUUGCCUGCAGACCCCACUGCCCCACCAGCCACCUCCCGCAGCCCUGCACUCAGCAGCCGUGCUGCCUCACCUCCACUCACCUCCAACUCGACCACCCAGGAUAACGCCUCACUCCCACUCACCUCCAACUCGACCACCCAAGAUAAAGCCUCACCUCCACUCACCUCCAACCCGACCACCCAGGAUAACACCUCAGAUGAGCAGACCACGACCCCCGCACUGACCACUGCAUCCAACGUUAGCCCUGCAACCGCUCCCUCAACCAUAGCUCCUACUAAUGCAUCUAAGCCAUCAUGUGGGGACAAAUACGGAAAUGUGUCUGUGAGGUACUCUUUCAACGAUAACAACACAUUUACUGCAACACUCGAUUAUACGGGAGAGGAAUGUGAACCUCUUAGAUGUGAAGAGCAGCACCCUGGCCUGUCUGCAUGUGAAACUAGGAUUAUCAGUAUGUCACACCCUUCGUGUGAGCCUCCAUUGGAAUAUCCCUUAGAGGUACCCCCAGAUCCUAAUAAGUUUCAGCUGAAAGACUGUGUGGAAGAUAAAGAAGCAAAUACUUCCCUUUGUUUACUUUGGGAAAAUGAAGAUUUUCCCUUUAAUGGACAAUUCAAGUGUAAUGAAAGUAAAAUUGAAUACAAAUUUAAAUGUGAUGACUAUUCUCCAAGUGAUAAUAAAGACACAUUUAAAGUGAGGAAGCAAAAAUUUGAAGUGAAGAAUCUUAAACCCAGAACUAAUUAUACCUGUAGUUCACAAGUACUCUAUAACCAACAGCUUCUUAUUAGCCAAAAUAAAACUAUUGAAACAGAUUUUGGAGAACCAGAAGCACCUCAGAAUUUUACUUGUUCUGCUGAAAGUGCAACUGAAGGAAAGUGUACCUGGACACCACCUCAAAGUUAUUUUGACAGACUCUCUCUUUGCUAUUGGAUUACUCCAGGUGGACCAAAUUGCACCCCUCAGGAUAAAACCCAGGACGGAAUAGAUUUGCACCAUUUGACACCUUUCACAAACUAUACGGUGGUGUUACAAGCCCGGGUCACAGGAAGAGUAAAUCGCAGUAGAAAUGCAACCCAUACAUUUCAGACAGAUCCAGCAAAUCCAAGCAAGGUCAAUGGUUUAAGUGCUUCACGGAGGACAGAAAAUACUAUAGCUGUGAGCUGUAAACCUCCUGACCAGCUUAAUGGCCCCAAAGGGCUGUACCAUUUGGAAGUAAGAACUGGAAAUAUCUUGGUUAAAGAAGAUUCAGGAUCAGAAUGCAGAUUCUUGGUAGAAGAUCUUCAAUAUUUAACAGAAUAUAAUUUUUUGGUCUAUUAUGACAAUACAAAAUUUGUUGGUCUUCCGGAGAGUGUUAGAGCAUCCACAUCUUAUAAUGCUAAAGCACUCAUCAUAUUUUUGGUAUUUCUGAUUAUUGUGACAUCAGUAGCCCUGCUCAUUGUUCUCUAUAAAAUCUAUGAUCUGCAUAAGAAAAGAUCCAGCAAUUUAGAUGAGCAGCAGGAACUCGUUGAAAGGGAUGAUGAGAAGCAGCUGAUGAACGUGGAGCCCAUCCAUGCAGAUGUUUUGCUGGAGACUUACAAGCGGAAGAUGGCUGACGAGGGGAGGCUCUUCCUGGCUGAAUUUCAGAGCAUUCCACGGGUAUUCAGCAAGUUUUCCAUCAAGGAUGCCCGAAAAUCCUUUAACCAGAACAAAAAUCGCUAUGUUGAUAUCCUUCCCUAUGACUACAACCGUGUUGAACUCUCUGACAUAAAUGGAGAUGCAGGAUCAAACUAUAUAAAUGCCAGCUAUAUUGAUGGUUUCAAAGAACCCAGGAAAUAUAUUGCAGCACAAGGUCCCAGGGAUGAGACUGUUGAUGAUUUCUGGAGGAUGAUCUGGGAGCAGAAAGCCACGGUUAUUGUCAUGGUCACUCGAUGUGAGGAAGGGAACAAGAACAAGUGUGCAGAGUACUGGCCAUCAAUGGACGAGGGCAGCCGGGUUUAUGGAGAUGUGGUUGUGGAGAUCAACGAGCACAAAAGAUGCCCAGAUUACAUCAUUCAGAAGCUGACUGUUGGAAACAGAAAAGAAAAGGCAAGUGGAAGAGCAGUGACUCACAUCCAGUUCACCAGCUGGCCGGACCACGGGGUCCCCGAAGACCCUCACCUGCUCCUCAAGCUGCGCAGGAGGGUAAACGCUUUCAGCAACUUCUUCAGCGGCCCCAUCGUGGUGCACUGCAGCGCUGGUGUUGGGCGCACAGGCACCUACAUCGGCAUCGAUGCCAUGCUGGAAGGCCUGGAGGCGGAGAACAAGGUGGACGUCUACGGCUACGUCGUCAAGCUCCGGCGGCAGAGGUGCCUGAUGGUGCAGGUCGAGGCACAGUACAUCUUGAUUCACCAGGCCUUGGUGGAGUACAAUCAGUUUGGGGAGACAGAAGUGAGCCUGUCUGAGUUACACCCAUACCUGUCUAACAUGAAGAAAAGAGACCCGCCCAGUGAUCCCUCCCCACUGGAGGCUGAGUUCCAGAGACUUCCUUCUUAUAGGAGCUGGAGGACACAGCAUAUUGGGAACCAAGAAGAAAAUAAGAGUAAAAACAGGAAUUCUAAAAUCAUUCCAUAUGACUUUAACAGAGUGGCACUGAAACAUGAGCUGGAAACGAGCAAGGAGAGUGAGCAAGAUUCAGAUGAGUCCUCUGAUGAGGACAGCGACCUGGAGGAGAUAAGCGGGUACAUCAAUGCCUCCUUUGUCAUGAGUUACUGGAAACCUGAAGUGAUGAUCGCGGCUCAGGGACCGCUGAAAGAGACCAUUGGUGACUUCUGGCAGAUGGUCUUCCAAAGAAAAGUCAGGGUGAUCGUUAUGCUGACAGAACUGAAGAGUGGAGACAAGGAAGCCUGUGCUCAGUACUGGGAGGAAGGAAAGCAAACCUACGGAGAUGUGGAAGUUCACAUGAAGGACACCAACAAAUCUUCAGCGUAUACCGUCCGUGCGUUUGAACUGAGACAUUCCAAGAGGAAAGAUCCCCGAACGGUGUACCAGUACCAAUUUAAUAACUGGAAUGGGGACGAGCUGCCCGCAGAACCCAAAGAACUGGUCUUGAUGAUCCAGAAUCUCAAACAAAAACUUCCCAAGAAGAAUUCUGCCGAAGGGAAUAAAUAUCACAGGAAUGUGCCUCUUCUCAUCCACUGCAGAGAUGGAUCUCAGCAAACAGGAAUAUUUUGCGCGUUGUUCAACCUCUUGGAAAGCGCUGACACAGAGGAAGUGAUAGACGUGUUUCAAGCUGUGAAGUCGCUCCGCAGAGCUCGGCCAGGAAUGGUCCCCACCUUCGAGCAAUACCAAUUUCUGUAUGACGUCAUUGCUGGCGCCUAUCCCGCCCAGAAUGGACAAGUAAAGAAAAGCAAGCAUCCAGAAGAUAAGGUUGAGAUUGAUAACGAGGUGGACAAAGCUAAGCCGGAUGCUAACUGCACAAGCCCCCCGGAGGCCCUGGAGAAGACUCCCGAAGGAGACAAAGAGGCUGGAGGUGCCAAACCCACGGAAGGUGCUGAGGGGCCGGAGCAUGCUGCCAAUGGUCCCGCGAGUCCCGUUUUAACUCAGAGUGCAUAGGAAAGACAGACGCGGGGCAGCUCCAAACCCCGGAUUCAAGGUUGUCUCUACUUUUCUAGAACUAGAGAGGCAAAAUAGAUACACAGUGGAUUCAUGAAGGGCGUGGACCGGGGUUUGCGGGAAACUUUUGUUUUACACCUGUAGAAAAAUAUUUAAGACAGUUUUGCUGGAGCAUUUUUGUACAGUCUUAUGCUUAUUUUAAGUUUUAUCCAUCUCUAUCAUCCAGCAAGAAGCAGCUUGUUUGUACUCUUUGUGUGUGUGUGUGUGUGAAAGAGAAAGAGGCAGAAACAGACAGAUAUGGGGGAGGAGUUAGAGGAUGCUUUCAAGUAAAUCUAAAUGUUCUGAGAAACUUUGCCAUUUUGGUUUUGAAGAAAAAUGACAGUAUUUUAUACUAGAAAUAUUAACUUUGCUCAAAGGCUCUAUUUUUUUAAAAUCAUAAAUUGUGUGUGUGCUGCCAGUAAGAAGGACAUGUACAUUUCUAGAAUGACCUCAAGAUGGCCUCCUUGUCCUGCUGAAAUACAUCUUAUGGUUUCCUAUUUUACUUCCAGAAAUAGACAUAAAAAUAGAAUGUGUGUACUGCGGGACAGUUAACUAAAUUAACAUUUGGAAAUCUUAUAUUCCAUAUGUUAGCAUUUAGUCCAAUAUUUCAGGCUUAUUUAAUCUAAUUUAAAAUUUCAAGAAAGCCUAUCUUGUUAUCUUCAUGUGGAGUUUAUAAUUUUGAAGCACAGAUUAUUCUCUGUAUAAUAUGUGAAAUUUAUUGCUUGAUACUUUUGACCCAAAAUGAUGUGUUUGCUACAAUUGAGCUUCAAUAAACAUCUUUAAAUAAA